GUCAUUGCCAUCACAAUUCACAAACUCACGCCUAAUAACACUACACAACCAGCUAUAGGGGCCUACCAGCUUUGUCAAGGGCUGAAGAAGACCAUGGCCAGAGCCAUCGUCCUCGCCGCUCUUCUCCUCGCUGCCACUGCCAGCUCCACGACGGCGACCACGCUGACCAUCCACAACCUCUGCCCUCACCCGGUGUGGCCUCUGGUGACCCCCAACUCAGGCCUCCCUUCCAUCUCCGACAACACCGCGCGACUAGACCCCAACGCGCUGCUCACCCUCUCCUUCCCGCCCACCUUCUGGGCCGGCCGGGUGGCCGCGCGCACGGGCUGCGACGCCGCCGCGUCCGGCUGCUGGACGGGCGCCGCGCCGCCCGCCACCGUCGUGCAGGUCACCGUCCACGACGGCACGAACCAGGACCAGGCCGCCUACAGCGUCAGCCUCGCCGACGGCUUCAACGCGCCCGUGGUGGUCAGCCCGCAGGCGGCCGGCGGCGGGCAGUGCCCAGCGCUGGGGUGCCCCGUCGACCUCAACUGCGACUGCCCCCCGCAGCAGCGCGCCGCCGAGGGCGCCGCGUGCCGCGGCCCGCCGGAGUACUUCAAGAGCCGGUGCCCGCUCACCAGGACCACGCCCACCGACGUGGAGCCCGUGCCGCAGAGCUGCCGCGCGCCGGGCGAGCUCAAGGUCGUCUUCUGCCAGGCGACCAUCGUCACAGGCGGUGUCGCCGCUGCCGCCGAAGCCGAGAUGGCCAUCCGAACCGUCGUCGCCGACAGCUAGACUACUGGCCGAGACAGACGUCCAGCUCCACUGGCCCCGCUUCGUUGAAUCGUUAUUUGUCACGCUUUUUGCUUUCGUGUGUUUGUUAGCUUAGGCUUCGACGCGUGUAACCCGGUGGUUUUUAAGCAAAAUUUCAAGUUUAAAUUCGUAUUACAUAUUUUUUAAUAAAAGCAUUACAUUUCU